AUGGCUUACUAUAGCGACCAAGACGAUUUUAACGAUGAUAUCCCUGAUUUUCAGGAUGAAGCUGAAUUCGAUGAUUAUUUAAAUGAUGAAGAAUACGAUUUAAUAAACGAUACUUUCCCUAAUUUAAAGAAGAAAAUGACUGAAGAUAAUUAUAUUGGAUGGAAGAACCUCGACGUAAAACUAGCAUUAUUUGAUAAUGAUUUUGAUCCUGAAGCAGCAUUUGCUUCCCUUAGAAAACAAUUCAAAAAGAAGAAGAAGCAAGUUGCUCCAACUACACCAUCUCAAUCAAAUGCUCCUACAAAGAAGGUGACAGAGAACAUGAACAAACUAAAUAUAAAAUCAAAUGAUGAUGACGGAUGGUUAGAUGACGAAGAAGAUGAAGAAGAGGAAGCACGUAGAAAGGCUAAGAAAGAAAAAGAAGAAGCUGUAGUAAAACAUUAUAAGAAGGUUACAGUUCCAAAGAAACCAAGAAAUGCAGUUGAUAUCCCAGAAUAUCUAGAAACUUGUAAACCGCACCUAAGUUUUGUUGUGCUGGGUCACGUCGAUGCUGGUAAAUCUACUUUGAUGGGUCGUCUUCUUUACGAUAUUGGGGCAGUGGAAUCUGGUAAGAUUAGAAAAUUGAAAAAGGAGAGUGAAAGUAUAGGUAAAGGUUCCUUCCAUUUAGCUUGGGUUAUGGAUCAAACCGCAGAGGAAAGAGAACGUGGUGUUACUGUCUCUAUUUGUACAAGUGAUUUUGAAACAGAAAAAUCUAAUUUUACUAUUGUUGAUGCACCAGGUCACAGAGAUUUUGUUCCAAAUGCAAUUGCAGGUGUCUCUCAGGCUGAUGUUGCCGUAUUAUCCAUUGAUUGUGGUACUGACGCUUUCGAGAGUGGGUUUGAUUUAGAUGGGCAGACUAAAGAACAUACUAUUUUAGCUAAGAGUAUGGAUGUAAACUUCAUUAUCGUGGCAAUGAAUAAGAUGGAUUCUGUAAAUUGGUCUCAUGAGAGAUUUAAUGAUAUUAAACAGAAAUUGGGCUCUUUUUUCAAAGAUGUAGGAUUCCAUGAAGAUCAAAUUAAAUGGGUACCAUUAAGUGGUUUCUCAGGCGCAGGUGUAUACAAGAGUCCAUAUCCAAGUGAACAAGAUUGGUACCAGGGUCCAAACCUGGUGAGUACACUGGAAGAAGUUGCUCAACAUGUAGGUACAGAGGCUCAUAAGGAUGUCAUUGAUCAUCCAUUUUUAUUUUCUAUCUUAGAGUUAAUUAAUUCUAAGAAAUCUGAUGAGGCUGUUGUCUCUGGUAGAGUUGAAUCCGGGUCCAUUCAGCCAGGUGAAGCAAUCACAAUUUACCCAUCUGAACAGAGUGUAAUAGUAGAUAGAAUUCUAAGUGGUAGAGAGAAAGUACAAACACAAAUUGCCACGAAAGGUGACUUUGUGACUUUGAAAUUACGCCAAGCCUUCCCUGAAGAUAUUAGAAGUGGUGACCUUUGUGCUUCAGUUGAUUAUGAUAUUAGUGCAUCACAAAACUUCAAAUUACAAAUGCUAACAUUUAAGAUGAACAGACCAUUAUUACCAGGUACUCCAGUCAUGUUAUUCAGAGGUGUUGUAGAACAACCAGCUAGAAUAAAUAAGCUUGUAGCUAUCGUUGAUAAAAAGGACCCAAGUAUUAUAAUUAAAAAUAAAGUUAGACACUUGGCAUCCAACCAAGCUGCUAUCGUUGAAAUCGAACUAACUGAAAGAAAGAGACAAAUACCAAUGUUAAGAUUCGAUGAGAAUAAACAUUUGGGAAGAGUGGUCCUAAGAAAAGAUGGUAGAACGAUUGCUACCGGUAAAGUUUUGGACUUGUGA